CGUACUUUCAUAUUCUGUCCCCAACUGUUUCAAUCGACCUACUUGGCACAUAUGCAGGCCUACAGGUAUACAGCAGCAAAGCCUUGCAAGCUUACGCCUUCCUAGCUGCUCGCCUCUCGGACCUUCCUCCUCGCUGCCCUGCUUCUGAUUCUCACGCGAGCAUACAAAGGUCUUGUGGCACCCGGCCAGCCCUCAGCCAUAGAUCAUAGACACCCCAAUCCGGUCGUCACAAACGUCGUUUGCGCGUGGGUGCAUAGCAUAAUUCUCGUCGCUAAACAUACCAUAACAAUCCAUCAACAAGUUCACAUGUUUAAGGCAAUUAGCCGAUCACUCUCGCCCAAGUUAUUCGCCUGGGAGACUGGAAUUCGUGGUUUGAAAGAGAGAAUACCCGGCUGCACCAGUACUCUCCACACUGGCUUUCCGUCCAGUUAAGGGGCCCCUGCAAAUUACCAGCAGACCAAGAAAGGCUUAUAUACACCUUCGAUACGUACACAAACUUUUUCUCAAGACGAAACAUUAUACCACCUCUCGCAGAUGUCAAGGACCCCGUUCGGUCCCGUCCCACCCCCUAUUCCAUAUGGACGGAAGCCACCAGAGCCACCACGAAGGCCGUCUCUGGCUGACACCGCCGAAAUAAUGUCUGUCAAUGCCGUCUACUACCCGAAUUACCGUGCCUACCGUGGAGAGACGCCGGCGACUCUGAACUACAAGUGCAUCAGUCAUGUCUACUACGCUUAUGCACAUGUCAACGCCGACGGUUUCGUCUUUGCAAGUACUCCGGAAUACAGUACUGGCCUGCGUGCUAAUUCCUGCCUCAGUUGAGCGACGAGUUGGCGGAUGGGACGAUGGAGGUCGAUGGCGUGAACGGCUGCCUGGGGUCAUUCAUGGUUCUGAAAGACAAGUUUCCUCACCUGAAGGUGCUUCUGUCGAUUGGUGGUGUCGACUCGAGCCAAAGCUUCCGGAUCCUGUCAGAAACGGCAGCACGAAGAGACAACUUCGCCAAGUCAGCGAAUCUGCUUGUUCGAGAGGCACGGCUCGAUGGCAUCGACAUCGACUGGCAGCAUCCAGAUGAUGCACAGCAGGGAAGCAAUUUCCUCUCUCUCCUAGCAACCGUUCGGCUCUAUCUUCCAUCAGAGGAUUUCAUGGUAGUCGUGCCGCUCCCUACCAACAGCUGGGCCUUACAGCACAUCGACCUGCCCAAGAUUGAAGAAUACGUCGACCUGGUCAACCUCACGGCCUAUGACUUCUCUGGCCCCUGGCGCCCCACUGCCGGCCAUCACGCACAGCUCUACCGCGCGCAGGAGGGUGAGAACUCAGGCUCUGCGGCCGUUGAGUACAUCCUUGCCACCGGCUUUCCAGCGAAGAAGAUCCUCUUAGGAAUCCCCGUGUAUGGACGCUCGUUCAUCGGCGCAGCGGCCCCAGGAGACCAGUACCACAGUAACGGCGGCGAGGAUGGCAUUUUCGAGUACAAAUCACUACCGCGCCCAGGCACGCAGGAGGUUGUCGACACGGAGCGCUGCGCAGCGGUGUGUGUCGGUGGGGACGGUGGCUUCGUCACUUACGAUAACCCCGAGACGGUGGCUAUGAAAGGGCGCUAUUGCAAAGAGCAGGGCCUUGGUGGCCUCUUUUACUGGACUGGGACGGCGGAUAUCACUAAUGGGCCACGCAGCUUGGUUGAGUCCGGCUUUCGAGCGCUACAUGGUUCGUGAUGAUGGGGUCUUGGGGAUCGCUCACGUAGCUCCUCGUAAUCAUGAAGGGACUAGUGGAGACGUGGAAUUGGGUUUGGGGGUUUGGUCCGGUGAUGAUGGAUCGGGCUCGUAUCGGGAGCGUGUGUGGGGGGGCUCGAAAGGGGGUUGGUAAUGACAGACUGGGUGAGGGGUUAUUAUCCGGAUUCCAUUACUUCUCAGAUGAUGCUCGAAUUUUUCCAUUUCCAUUUUUAAGGCGUGCUUACUCACUCACUUACAAUACUUGUACCAGCCUACGAUUGUGUUAGUUUUCUCAUAGUUCCAGAAAUUAGAUAGAUGCAGUACCAAUACAGAACAGAUCAAGC